AUGACCAGCGAGUUAAGGAAAGCUGGGAAAAGGCGCCGAUGGGAUAUGAACAGUAACAGCUCCGGCAGCGAGUUGGGUAAAGCUGGAAAAUGGCGCCGCGAGGAAGAUGAAGAAGAGACUAAUAAUACUGGUACUACCAGUGACAGGUUAACCCAUCUUCCAGAACCCAUUAUUUAUCACAUCCUUUCAUUCCUCGACACGAAAGCCGGUGUUCAAACCUCCAUCUUGUCCCGAGCUUGGAGAUCCGCUUGGAAAAAUGUCCCUGUUCUGGAUUUCUGUAGCAAUUCCUUCAGCCAGUAUCCGAGUUUCCGGAGGUAUGUGGACAAAGUUCUGUCCCUCCGUUAUCUUGUUAAUGUCGAAAAGUUGACCUACAUCUCCAAUGAAAGUUCAGAGGAGGAACGAGCUGAUAGUCAAUUUGGCAGGGUUGUCCAAUAUGCCUUGUGCCAUGAUACUCAACAUUUAGCCAUAGGCGAUAGGAUUCGUUUCCAUCGCUAUCUCAGAUUUUCAGAUUUGUUUGGUUCGAUCUUGAAUUGCAAUAUCAGAACCCUAGAACUACGCAGUAUCGCCAUCGAUAGUGGGUUUCGGUCUUUUGGUUUUCGGAGGAUGACCACUUUGAAGUUGGAUUGGUGCAACUUUUCUUUUGAGCAGGUGGAGGACCUUGAUCCAUUCUCGAACUUCCCUUGUCUCCAGAAUUUGUCCUUGACUAAUAGCUCCAACAGGGUUCCCCGUCACUUGCGUGGAGGGGGUUUCAAGGUUUCCGGGCUCCAAUUGCUUAGCCUGAAACUCGAACUUAUGAAAUUUCGCAAGUUUGAAUUAGAUGCUCCCAAACUCAAGCUGUUGCAUAUUUCAGAAAUUGCGGGUUUUUGCUCAGCAUUCUCAGAGUUGAGUCUUCCUUCCCUCGAUCAUGCUGAUAUCCUUUUCUAUCCGGAUUCCAUGGCAAACAAGAAGCAUUUAGUCUCCUUUUUCAAAAGUUUGCAUAAUGCAAUCUGUCUCACCCUGCAUUCCAAAACCAUCCAGGUGCUGAGUGGUCUUGAUGAGUUUCUGGAACAACCAACUGACUUUUCUAGAUUGACUCAUUUGAAUGUGUCGUCAAGUAGCAUACCUUACGAAGUGGUCGAUUGCAUUCUCAAAGGAUCCUCUACCAUAGAACCAAAUGUCCAGUUUGUCUAG